AUGAAUAAUAAUAUGAGUGCUCAGCAAAGCCCGGCUAACAUGCAGGCUGUUGUGGAUAGAGAAAAGAUUUACACAUGGAUUUUGGAGCUAUGUAAUCCAGAAACGCGCGAAAAUGCUCUUCUAGAACUUAGUAAAAAGCGAGAAGUUGUACCAGAUUUGGCGCCUAUGCUAUGGCACAGUUUUGGUACUAUUGCAGCACUGUUGCAGGAGAUUACGAAUAUCUACGUAGCCAUGAUACCGCCUACUCUCACAGCCCACCAGAGUAACCGAGUCUGCAACGCUUUAGCCUUAAUGCAAUGCGUCGCAUCUCAUCCUGAAACAAGAUCAGCUUUUCUCCAAGCACACGUACCAUUGUUCCUCUACCCUUUUCUUCAUACUGUCUCGAAAACCCGACCAUUUGAAUAUUUGAGACUCACUAGCUUAGGCGUGAUUGGAGCUCUUGUGAAAACUGAUGAGCAGGAGGUGAUCACUUUCCUUUUAACUACUGAAAUAAUACCAUUAUGUUUACGUAUUAUGGAAAAUGGUUCAGAACUAUCAAAGACCGUGGCUACAUUUAUACUACAGAAAAUUUUAUUAGAUGACAGUGGUUUGAGUUAUAUAUGUCAAACCUAUGAUAGAUUUUCACAUGUAGCAAUGAUUCUAGGAAAGAUGGUGCUAUCUCUAGCUAAGGACCCAUCAGCAAGGUUGUUAAAACAUGUUGUUCGUUGCUACCUCCGUCUCUCUGACAAUCCUAGGGCACGAGAGGCAUUAAGGCAGUGUCUUCCAGACCAAUUACGUGAUGCAACAUUUACUGCUUGUCUCCAAGAAGAUAACUCUACUAAGCAUUGGCUAGCACAAUUGAUUAAGAAUUUGGAAGCCCAGCCGCCACCAGCAAGCCCAGCUCAACAGAAUAUGUACAAAACAAGA